AUGAACUGCGCAAUUGCCUUAGAUAAUAGCGUUGUGACCGAAAACACAUAUAUUCCAAGCUACACCUUUGUUGCUCCAGCUGCCGAAAGGUUCAUUAGCAGUUCUGCGAAUAUUGAUAGUCCAAUUUGCAUCGGAAGAGGCGUAACUAUAUAUGAUAAUGCCGUAAUCUGCUACAAUGUCACCUUAAGUGAUGGUUAUUCUAUCCAAGAAGGCGUAGUUAUCGGAAACGGUUGA